AUGGAACUCUUCCAGAAUAUCCAUGACAAAGCAGAAUUGGAGUCUUCGUCUAGGGAAUUGGGGCGCGUCACGGGUAACGCGGGGCCUUCUUUAUGGCCACAAUGGGCGAAUGAUGUCUAUGAUUGGACCUAUUCUCUGGUGAAAAAAGACCUUUUGGUGGACAAUGUGGUGCGGCCAGACCCGGUCGAGGACUGUGCGGGCUGCCAUUUAACAAAAAAAAUGUGUAAUUGUGGGCAAUGCGCGGUCUGUCAUGCUGCGGUGCGGCGUGGGAGACGGCACCACUGUCGCCGCUGCUGGCGGCCCAUCUGCAAUCGGUGCUGGCCCCGGUCCCGCCACGUCCGCCUCCUUGAAAAACCCGUGAAGGUGUGUGAUUCCUGUGCCGUCCCAUGGGCCUUGGCGAGCCUGUUUAACGGAAACGCUAAGAGGCUUUUCUGGGGGUUGUAUAUUCUCUCCCGAGCGGCCGAAAUGCCGCGGCUUUGUGUGGACCCGAGCUGUGGGACUCUGACGUAUUUGGGGAGCUGCUAUAGCUGUAGAUGCCCAACCGUGAUGACGCAACCACACUCACCGCGUGUGAUCGAUCAUGAUGCGCAGCGCUUGUUAUCGGUUGAUCGAAUAUUGCUUCUGGACAUUUACCUUUCCUCCCUGCGCAGCGGAACGGUGGACGCGUACUCGGCCGAUGAGAUAGAGCGCAGCUUUUUUACCUAUUUCAAAAACUUUGAGGAUGGAAGCCCCCUGAAAGGAGUCACAUCCACGCAGCAGGCACAAGACAUACUCCUGAGUCUGGUGUGCACUGGCAUUUCGUAUGAAUACAACAGAGCACCAAAUAUCAGCUUAGCUCUGUCAGACAUCUCGUACGCGCACUUGUUAAAAAUAAAUUCAGCACAUCCACGCUACACUAUCAUGGAAGCUCCUGGAAAAGUUAAGUUUAUUGCCUUCCCAGGUACGCAUGACUGGCGCACACUCUGGAUCAAUUUCAAUGCUUCUCAAACCUCCAAGGCGUUCUGGACUCCGUUAGUAGAAAGUAUUGUAAUACCUACCACCGGGGUUGAUCAUAACGGGAAUAAUUCUCAGUCCCCAAUUCGUGUGUGCGGAUCAAUGUGUAAAGUAUGGGAGUAUAAGGUUCACUCCGGCUUCGCACAAGAAGCAAAGGAGGUGGGCUUUUCUCUCGACCUCCUCGCGAGGGAUCUCCAGAGUGGCUAUCGACUGGUACUUACCGGGCACUCCCUGGGUGGGGCUGUCGCGCAGCUUCUCACCCUCCAGCUGCUUGAUCAAUUUCUGGAAAUGGGGAAAUCACCGCAGAUUUUAUGCGUCACCAUUGGGGCCCCUUUAAUUGGCAACUACCAACUCGCCCAACGAGUAGAGCGAAAUGGUUGGACGCGCUACUUCCACAACAUAGUCUACCGCUCCGAUAUCGUCCCACGGCUGGCCUGUGGAAGCGAGCUCACGUGGAGGAUGGCGGCCCAGGUUCUGGGGCGUGCUUCAGUUAUCUGUCAAAGCCUGCGGAACUGGUUUUCGUGGAAGGAAAAUAACCCCCAGGUGUCUUCCGAACGCACAACACCGGAUAUUGCGUCCGACCCUAACAACAACGGCGGUGAGAUGCUCGAAAUCGUUAGUAGCCCCAAUGAGCUACAAAAUGACUCAGUGCGUAGGGAGUCAAUAGUAUGGACCGGUAAAGCCCACGUUGGUGCCAGCAGUGACUUCGAUUUGAUCGAGUAUGUGGAUAAAUCAAUCCGAACGGAACGGGAUGUUCUGGAAGACGAUGAAAAGCAGCCGCCUUCGCCGAUAAACAUGUCUUUCGGCACGGCGCAAGUUCAACCCCCCACGUCUAGUAGCCAUUCUACUCAUCACGACGGCGCGGGAAAUUCAGCAGUGAAGCUUGGGGACAUUGGGAAAGAAGACUGUGCGCACCGUCGCUAUGCCUGCUUUGGGCGGUAUCACUUCUUCGAGUAUUGUGCAGAGGGCUAUUUCUCAACAAAAGACUCCGAGGUCGCCUUUGGGCUUCUCAAGCGUGGCUGCAAUGACAAUACAGUGGACCUGCAAGAUCACACGAUGACAUCCUACAAUAGGUGUAUAAUGUUGCGUCUUUGUGGAAAAAGGAAGGAUAUGUAA